GAUCUGCUCUGGGAGAUCCGCAGCACGUUCCCCAUGGAGCUGGAGGCCAGCAGCAAGGCACCAGCAGCACAGCGGGCCCAUCAGGGCCCUGCUCCACCAGCCCAAGCCCCCAGGGCUCCCGGAUGUGUCUUUUCCCCGCAGGAUGGGAGCAGGAUGGCCCAUGUCUUGCAUGAGUACUUGAGGAAGAAGGAUUGGGCCUUCCUGGCCAAGCAGCAGCGCUGUGAGUACCUGAAGCAGAAGCUGACGCACAUCAAGGCACGAAUCCAGGAGUACGACCGUGACUGCGCUGGAACCUUCUGAGCUUCCGCACUGACACCGUGGUCCUGGCACCGGGAUCCCAGGCGGCACCGCAGGGGCUGGGUGCUGGGGACCGGGGUGAUGGUGCUGCCAUUGCACCCACCUGGGCACUGAGGGCGAGCCCAGGGCUCCCCAUGCUGCUGGGGUUUAGGGUCCUUUGGGUGCUCUGUGCUCUCAGGGAGCCCCAGGAACUGGGUAGGUGCUGCCUGUUCCUGUGUGG